UCCUUAGACUAAGUUCUCGCGUUUAGAUAAACACGUGAUCCUAUAUACGGAGCUCUAAAAUCAACAGCCACUUCGGCAACAGACAUGAUAUAAGCAUAAGGCUACACAAGGCUACAUAAGGCUACACAAUUAGUCAACAUAUUGUUAUAAGAAACUUAAUAGGAGCCAAAUCUGAGACUCUCUUGGCAGGGGAGAUAGAAAACAAAAAUUGUACAAAAAGUCUGCAUUGUAAGGGUUAAAAAAAGGAGGAAGGCUUAAAGUCUCUUUUUCGUCACCCCCCUCUUCUUUUCAAAACUCUUCCGAAAGUCCCCCCUCUCUUAAUUUUUCGGCAGACUUCAGCGUUCACCCCGCCUGCCCUAACAGUUUUGCACAUGCUUUGUAGUACACCCCCCACCCCUCAAUUUUUUUUUCUCCCUUCCCGAAGAGCGCGCGGUGAAAAGUGAAAGGGGGAGAGACUACAAACGCGAUAACGAGGUGGGCGGGGCCAAGUGUCAAAUCGCGACGUCCCGCUGCGUGUGAUUCGAUGUAAUUAGCCAGGAGCCCCGGCGCUGAUUGGUGGAUUUUUACCGGCAAGAGGAGUGUGGCGAAGGAGAGAGAGAGAGAGAGAGAGAGAGGGAAAGAAAAGAAGAAUUAACAAAAAAAAAAUAAGGGGCGAAGUAUUAGACGCGAGGGGAAAUAACUCUGUAGAACAUAUAUCGGAACAAAACUGCUGUAGUCGGACGGACUACUCUAGACCAAGCAGCACACGCUUUAAAAACUGUCGGCUGCUACAUUUCGUGUUGUUAUUUCUCCCAGGCACAAGGAAAGUACUGUGUGGACUUGAUCAAAAACAAGAAAGCGGCUAGGAGAGUAUCAGGCCGUGUUCUUUAAUAGAGAAAUUGUAUCCGGUGAAUUCAUUCUGCAGGAUUAUAACCCGUGUUUGGCCGUGCCUUUAUUAGCGAACGUGUUUCUUACAAGGGAGUCUAUAUCUCAUCUUUUGUACAUUUUCAAAGGCCUUGAAUUAUCACCUGUAAAUGUAGUGUCGUGCUUAGCGACAUCGAAUUUACAUAAUUUGCGAAGAAGUGCUGAGCACAGAGGGAGAGAAUAACAAUUAACGCCAAAAACAAAAAGCGUUUACGACUUAUAAUUAUUCCCUCUCUCCCCCCUCCUCUUGUUUAUGUAUCGAUGGACGAGUACCCCCAUGUUGACAUUUUGUUUUUCGACAAGUUGGCGGUGUAAUUUUACAAGUGGCAUCGUCCUGACAUUUCUUGAGUAGUGUGGAUACAGGCAUACUGUGCUGUGGAUUAGUUUUUUUACUUAGGCCUAAUUGGAUACUAAUUUCUUUCUUGGAUAUUGGAUUUACAUAUUCACUGAUGCCUGGUAUAAAUUUAAAGACUCAAGAUUAUUUCCCAUAAGGUUUUAGAAGUUCUCAACUUUAAGGCUAUUUUUAUCUACCAAUGAGAUCGACCUGUAUCCCACAAUGCGAUACAAAGAAAGAAGAAGUGAGUCGUCGCCGUUUGUCAAAUUUGUGACAAAGGGUAAAUGUGACACAAUUUCUUUUUGACAUUUUUGUCAAAUUGGAUUAACGGAUAUAAAUACAAAAGUGCCUAAUAACAUCCAGGGAUAUAACUAUAACAAGUUUGUUAUAGUUUCAAAGGAAGAUAAAGCUUAAAAUAAUAUUUGAAGUUUAAACAGAUCCAGGGACUGCUCUACGAAAAAAAAUAUUUCAAAAUGGUGCUCACGCGUGCUUUAACCAUCGCCAUGGCAACGUGGUUUGUCUCCAUCGCCUCGGCUAUCAGCGGCGACCAGAAAUGCCAGGAGGUGACCAUUCCCAUGUGCAAGUCCAUCGGAUACAACUUGACCUACAUGCCCAACCAGUUCAACCACGACACGCAAGAGGAGGCCGGCCUGGAGGUUCACCAGUUCUGGCCCCUGGUGGAGAUCCAGUGCUCCCCGGACCUGAGGUUCUUCCUGUGCAGCAUGUACGCGCCGAUCUGCAUGGAGAACUACAAGAAGCAUCUGCCGGCUUGCCGCUCUGUCUGUGAGCGCGCUAGGGAUGGAUGCGCUCCAUUGAUGAGGCAGUAUGGCUUCAACUGGCCGGACAAGAUGAAAUGCGAGUCCUUGCCCGUGUUGGGCGAUAAGAAUACUCUGUGUAUGGACGCCAACACCACGGACAGGCAGUCGCCUUCCACCAAGUCCAAGCCACCCUCGGAUACCUUCAGCCCGACUCGGCAGCCUCCUCCCGGACUAAACCCCGGUGGCGUGAACCCACUGGACGGCAAAACUGGGAUCGUGAGUACUGCCAUCGGGAACACCAAGAUGGGAAACUUGAGCUGCGCCAAGAUUUGCGAGGCUCCCCUAGUUCUAAUCAAAGAGAAGUCUAGCAGUUACUUUGACAAAAUCAGAACAGGUGGCGUGGACAAUUGCGCCAUCAACUGCUACGGACCAUACUUCUCCGACCACGAGAAGACCUUUGCGACCUUCUGGGUUGGACUUUGGUCCAUCCUGUGCUGCAUUUCUACCUCCAUGACCGUGUCUACCUUCUUCGUGGACAUGAAGCGCUUCAAGUACCCAGAGAGGCCCAUCGUCUUCCUCAGCGCCUGUUACUUCAUGGUCAGCAUAGGCUACAUCAUCAGGCUGAUCGUCGGGCACGACAAGGUGGCCUGCGGUGAUGGUGGUUCCAUCCGUUACGAGACGACGGGCCCUGCUGUGUGCACGGUCGUUUUUCUCCUAGUCUACUUCUUCGGCAUGGCCUCGUCCAUCUGGUGGGUGAUUCUAUCUUUUACUUGGUUCUUGGCCGCGGGGCUGAAGUGGGGCCAGGAGGCCAUCGCCAGCUACUCGCAGUACUUCCACUUGGCCGCCUGGCUUAUCCCCAGCGUAAAGAGCAUCGCCGUCUUGGCCAUGUCCUCAGUGGACGGUGACCCCAUCGCGGGCAUAUGCUACGUCGGCAACCAGAGCCUGGACAAUUUACGGGGCUUCGUCCUGGCACCCCUCUUCGUCUACCUCAUCAUCGGGACAUCGUUCCUCCUUGCCGGGCUGGUCUCUCUGUUCCGGAUCCGGAGCGUGAUCAAAGCGCAGGGGCGCGGGAAGACUGACAAACUGGAGCGGCUGAUGAUCCGCAUAGGCGUGUUCACCGUUCUCUACACGGUGCCCGCCACCAUAGUCAUCGCCUGCUACUUCUACGAGCAGCAUUUCCGGGAGCAGUGGGAGGCCACGCGCACGGACCCGUGCAUCAAGGACAAGGCAUACCCGAACUACACCGUCUUUAUGUUAAAGUACUUCAUGUGUCUGGUCAUCGGCACCACUUCCGGCUUUUGGAUCUGGUCCGGCAAAACGGUGGACUCAUGGCGAAAGCUCUUCUAUGGAAAGCUCUGCCACAAAAGUAACUACCACAACCGAAAGUACGCGACCACUGGUUACCAGCCUGCCAAACCUCACCCGCUAAGUCAUGUUUGAGAGGACACAUACAUUUACACUCAAUGAAAAAAAUAAAAUAAAAGAUACUAGCGAUAUUUGCGUCCCGUCAUUCUGUUGAAAAGAAAAGCAGUAGAAAGAUGUCGUUGAUGUUUGGAGUACACCCUGAUGUACAUAUGGGUUGACCCAGUGCACAAAGAUGUUAUAUUGAGGUCCAAACCCAUUGUUUUUGCUAGGCCGAUUAGCAACUUAACAAAAAGAAUCCUUUAGCUGUACAACUGAAUCAAUAGUUAUAUCCUAAGACAAGUGAACUUUGACCUCAGGUAUAAUCUAUUUACAUUGCAUUUAUGAACUUGGCUC